UGGCACAUAAACAGUAGAAGAAGAAGAAGCUUUAUGACCGCCGCUCUCAUGUCGAGCGAAAGAGCAACUUUUAGGCAAAUGUUUAAAAAGCGGUAGCCGUGCUGCUGCUGCGUGGGAUCAAACCGAGCAAAGGGAAGUUUUUGGAGGAUAAAAAUAAAAUAAAAUCAGGUUUAGGCAGACCGACCGAGGGGAACGGAGAAGCAUAUUGCAUCAAAAUGGCAACCCCCUAUGUGACAGAUGAAUCUGGGAAAUACAUAGCUGCAACUCAGCGACCCGAUGGGACAUGGAGGAAGCCGAGACGGGUGAAGGAUGGUUAUGUUCCCCAGGAGGAGGUCCCCGUGUACGAAAACAAAUACGUCAAGUUUUUUAAGAGCAAACCCGACCUGCCUCCGGGCCUGAACCCAUCCGAAGUGGCGCCCCCAAAGCAGCAACAGCAGCAGCAGCAAAAAAUACCCGGCUGUGGGGACAGCGAAACGGCCGGUCUGUCAAAGUCGGCCAAGCGCAACAUGAAACGCAAGGAAAAACGAAAACAGCAGCACCACCAGGAGCAGGACGGCGAGGUGGACGUGGAUUUGGUGAGCAGCGCCGUGGAGGACGUGUCCAUCUCAGAGAGAGGCGAGCCUGCAAGCAAGACCGAGGGAACCGCGUCGGUCGUGUCGCCCGACGAUUCUUCACCAGCCGCAGCAGCGGGGGCUGAAAAGGCCAAGAAGAUAAAAAACCUGAAAAAGAAGCUGCGGCAGGUCGAGGAGCUGCAGCAGAAGGUGGACUCGGGGGAAAUAAAGCAGCCGACGAAGGAUCAGUUGGAAAAGCUGGGCCGGGCAGACGCCUUACGAGAAGAGCUGGAGGAGCUGGAGCGCGACUCCUGAGUCAGGAAAGGACAGGAGACUGAGACUAAACAUGAAAUUCACAAACAAGGAAGAGGACCUUUGCAACUUCCAGAAACCGUUUCCCCUCUUUGACAUUCAUCAUGAAUGAUGGUAGGAAACACAGCUCUAUGGGACUGUAUGUCUUUGUGGCAGACAUCAUCUGUUUUCCUUAGUUUUAAUUUGUUACCCGUCUACAAAUGUACUUUCUAACUAUUUUAAACACAUCAUCGUGACUUGUUUGGUGCUUUAGAGAUUGUGUUCUUUAUAUUUUGUACUUUUAAUGCCAUCUGGAACCCCAAGGAAAAAGAAAACACUAGACUUAAUGAAAUGGUUUAGUUUCCCCAUUGUUGCUUUUAACGAUGACCAUGUUUGACUUUGAAGAAAGGAUCUGUCAUUGUCGCACUGAUGUCACGUCUCCACAGUCAGUACAGUAAUUAAAAUACUUUCUGGCUUCUCAUGUAUUUGUCUCCUUGUCUUAGUAAGUUUUACUCUCCAGUAUGUAUCCUGGAUGCUGCUGUGGCCGGCAGGACAGAGACCCAGGAAAACUGUAUAUUUAUGCUUGAGGACUGGCGGUUGUAUUUUUCAUUUUGUCAAUAAAGCCCCACGAUUAAAAGAAAGGUGAACCUAUCCUAACAAGGACUAUUACAUGUGUAGCUAAAGACUUAAAUAUUUUAUUUUUCUGUCAUAGAGCUCAAUUGUUGAUCAAACUUAUUAAAAACACUCAACAGAA